GCUCCCGCUCCCGCUCCCAGUCCUCGGCCUCCGCCGCGCCUCGGCGCCCCCCACCAUGGGCACCCGCGACGACGAGUACGACUAUCUCUUCAAAGUUGUUCUUAUUGGAGACUCUGGAGUAGGCAAGAGUAACCUUCUGUCUCGAUUUACUCGCAAUGAGUUUAACUUGGAAAGCAAAAGCACCAUUGGAGUAGAGUUUGCAACAAGAAGCAUUCAAGUUGAUGGGAAGACAAUAAAGGCUCAGAUAUGGGACACAGCAGGGCAGGAGCGAUACCGAGCUAUAACAUCAGCGUACUAUCGCGGAGCUGUAGGGGCAUUAUUGGUGUAUGACAUUGCUAAGCACCUUACUUACGAGAAUGUAGAGCGAUGGUUGAAAGAGCUGAGAGACCAUGCCGACAGCAAUAUUGUAAUCAUGCUUGUGGGAAACAAGAGUGACUUGCGCCACCUGAGAGCAGUCCCUACAGAUGAGGCCAGAGCUUUUGCAGAGAAGAAUGGUUUGUCAUUUAUCGAGACGUCUGCUUUAGACUCUACAAAUGUGGAAGCAGCUUUCCAGACUAUUCUGACAGAGAUCUAUCGUAUUGUUUCCCAGAAGCAAAUGUCCGACAGACGUGAAAACGAUAUGUCUCCAAGCAACAACGUGGUUCCCAUUCACGUCCCUCCAACCACUGAAAACAAACCAAAGAUGCAGUGCUGUCAGAACAUAUAGAAUUGUUCAUUCUUUCCUAAAAGGCUGUGUAUAUUCCCCAGGUCCAAGAUUUAAAUAUAUUUGUAAUUCUCGUGGUUACUUUCUUGUGUUUAGUUACUGCUUAUUCCUUCGGAAUUUCUCCAUGUCUUAAACACUUUGAUUUCAGUGUUUAUAAAUCUAUUGCUUCUAUGUGGCUGCAGUAUUUUCCCAACACCGACUUGUCGGUUUUGGUUCAGUAAAUUGUUUGGAACUGAACUCUUUUCUUUCCAACACGAUGCCCGCUAGUCAGAGCACGGACACCUUUAGUGAGCACUUGAAGACGUUAUUCUGCUCCUCGCAAAACAAUUACUGUCAGGUUAACUAGGAAAAUAUCUCUGGGCAGGAUAAUCUUCCCUUGUCGCAAGGUGUUGUAUACUGCAUCUAAAGCUUGAUGAAAUGCCCGUUGCUCUGAAGUGCAAUUUUAAUGUAAGUUAAAUGUUUUUUGGCUACAUCUUCAGAUUGUCAAGUUGAGGAUUUUUUUUCGAGAAUGUUAUGGGGGAGAAAAGAGAAUUUCUUGUGAACAAGCAGUGGGGUUCUUGCUACCUGUGAAUGAGCUUUUGUGGUUUGGCACCUGCUGCAGAGGAGGUUGUGAUGGGAGGCAGGGCUGCUGGGAGGCUGGCCGGGGAGACGCUGGUGGGACUCCGUUUGAGGUGCCUCUUGUGAAGAACGCGAAAGCACGAGCUGCGUAACCGAUGAAGGGUCACGCUGGCGCUGGAACUUGCAGCACGUUUUUGUGCUGCCCGAGACUUGGCCUCCACAGUGCUGGUGGUAUCAGGAUUUGAGGAUGCCUUUUUUCUUUCAUGGUACACAGGCUUGAAGGGUGUUGUCACGUAUUACAUAUCACAUUUAUUAAUACAUGCCACAUAUAUUAAUAUAUUCAAAUGCUUGAGUUGAUGAAUCAAUAACUUCCGCAACCUGCUCUUAGUUUUCAGUUCUGUUUCAUCUGGUAUUUUUAAAUUAUUCCAGUGGUUUGGUAUAUGUUCUUUAACAAAAACACCUGGAGUAGUUUUCUUACUGGAUGCGUUCCUUCUGGGGUCUGUCGCUCAGUACAAAUCAUCUGUUCAAUUAGCUUGUUCAGGGAUACAUGAACUGUGCCUUCUGUCACUGCACUCACUGCAUAUCACUCAGUAUGUGCUAUUCCCAAACACGUCAUUAAUAUUGAGCUUUGGGGGCUAUAGGCACUGAAUUUCUACAGUAUUUAAAAGAACUGUUUGUUGUAUAAAUGCCUGCAGUUAUUUAUACAAUUACAGGGAAGUAAUUGAUUGUUGGGGAUGUUUCUCAAACUCUGAUACGACCCGCUUGGAACAUCCAAAUCUGGGUAGGCACUACCAGCUGCGUUUCGUACCCAACCUUUCUGUCUUGCGGUGCUCAUGAUGUGUAAGGCACACGGAAGGCAUUGCUGUAGUCGGUCACUUGGUUUGUUUUUUUUAAUCCAUUUCUCCUCCUAGUAUUAGUUCUGAAGAUGCUAUUUUGAUCUGUUUGUAAAUUACUUUGUAUUUUAUGCAUGUACUGUACCUUGAUUCAUUAUUUUUUUAGAUUGAUUUAAAAUAUAUUCAUCCAUGAUUCUAAUAAAGAAUUACAGGGGACGACUCA